AUGCUCUUGGAAGUGCGGAAACAAGGUAUACGUAACAGUUGGUAUUUAUUAAUACUUAUACCAGUGGUAGCCGCGGGAUUAGCUUGUCUUAACAACCCUUGCAUUCACGGUAUAUGCAUUGAUGAUAUUAAUAGUACGUAUGCUUGUUACUGUACAGACGGUUACACAGGAGUACAAUGUCAAACAAAUUGGGACGAGUGCUGGUCAGAUCCUUGCCAAAAUGGGGGCACUUGUAUAGACGGCGUUGCGACUUACAACUGCACUUGCGCUGAAGGAUUCAUUGGAGAUAACUGUGAAACUAACUACAACGAAUGUGAUUCAAAUCCUUGCUUUAACAAUGGCACUUGUAUAGACAUGACCAAUGACUACGUUUGUCACUGCUUGCCCGGCUUCUCUGGAGAGCACUGUCAGUUUGAUGUAGCGGUAUGUAAUGCUACUGAAGAGAUCCGUUGCUAUAAUGGUGGAGAGUGUGUGGAAGGACCAGGAUAUAAAUUCUUUUGCAAGUGCUUACCAGGUUGGACAGGUCUAAAAUGCGAAGAUCAAAUAGAUGAAUGCGAAUCCAAUCCCUGUCAAAACGGAGGGAUCUGUAUCGACGCUCAUGCGGAUUACAUGUGCGCCUGUACUUAUGGUUUUACAGGCAAAAGCUGUGAAACACAAAUAGAGUUUUGCGAUGAGAACUCCUGUAGCAACGGUGCUCUCUGCGUCGUUGAAGAUGGCGAGCGUAUAUGUUAUUGUGUACCGGACUACCACGGGGAACAUUGCGAAUUGCAAUAUGACGAAUGUUUGCUAGAACCGAGAUGCAUGAAUGGUGGGACUUGUAUAGACGGCGUUGACAACUUUACAUGCUCUUGUCCCCCGAGACUUACUGGAAGCUUGUGUGAAUGCUUCAUAUUAGAUGAUGAUAGCUACGACUGUGAUUACGUCAACCCGACACGAUUUCCUAUUACUACUGACAUUGCCUUAACAUCAUUGUUUACUGAUAGUUCUAAUAUAUCUUCCAUUACUGAAACCUCAUAUAAUACGACAACUACCUCAGUCAUUACUACUAUUCCUAUUUACGAUUUCACUACUUUACGAGUCACAACGAAAUCUGAAGCAAAAGCAACUUCAAGCACUUUAUCAGAUAUAACGACAACAGAAAAAGGAAGUUUAAGCGAAGCUGUCUCAACAACCGCACCUACGGUACAAGAAGAUAUAGCUACAUCAAAAUUAGAUACAACAACUGAAAUUUUAGUACUAACCAAGCAGACUCAAGGAAUUGAUGCCGAUAGCUCUAAAACAGAAGAUACUACAGAUUGCAAUAGCAUUUGCGGUAACGCAACCACAAUGAAAAUAAGCACUGUAGCAGAAUUCGAAACAACACAAGAAAAUUUAGAAACUACUGAACAAACUGUUUAUACGGAAAAAACAAUAACAGAUCAAGGAACAACUCUUACGGUUACUACAGAAUCCACGAAAGCUAUAAUUACAACGCAAAGGACGAGUUCCACAAGCGGCGCAGAAUCACGUGACUUGGAUUCCACAACUAAACAAGACAUAACUACUGAAAAAUUAUUUACAAAUAUUCCCUUUGACCACAUAACUACUGAAGCCACAUUAACAGAUGGAACUACAGAAGAAUACGAAAUAAGUACUGUGACUGAUAGUACACAGUUGUAUCCCACUGAAUAUCCAGAGUGUACCCUAAACGUGUGUAAGAAUCGUGGCAAGUGUUUUAACGGACCCCAGGGUAUAAGAUGUCACUGUACAUUCAAUUAUAGUGGGAGAUACUGUGAGGAGCCAAUUAUUAUCACAUCAGCAGCUUUUAGUGGAAAUUCGUAUAUAGUACACCACAUUAAAAAUUCCACUUCGUUAAAUAUAGAAUUUAAUGCAAAAACUUUAAUAACUGACGGUGAAUUAAUGCACGUAGAUAUAGCGAAAGGGGUGUACAUGGAGCUUUUCAUGAACAUGGGUUUACUCAAAUUUAAAUUCUCCUGUGGUUACCAGACAAUGCUUUUGAGUGAAUUGAAAACAUUCGUAAAUAAAGGUUUUCCAAUGAAAAUAGAGACCAGAUUAGAUCUAUUUUCAAAAGAGCAACAUUGUAACGCAACCCUCCGUCUCAAUGAUACUGUUGCUAUGAGUGGCGGCCAAAUUGCCAAUAUAACGAUUCUAAAUGACAACAGUACAUUAAUUUUUGGAAAUGCACACGCAAAUGUUAACGAACAUAUGCCGUUUAUAGGAUGUAUAAAGGAUCUGAUUAUAAAUGGCGAGAAACGGUCAGUUUUUACUGAUGCAUUUGAUGCCGGUGAAGUUACUGAGUGCUCAUCACUAGGGUGUCUCUCUGGACCUUGUCUCAAUGGUGGGAUUUGCAAGGAUCACGGAGAAGGAUAUCGCUGUGUGUGUGCUAACGGAUGGAUGGGUGUAAGUUGUAACCAUUCAGUGUGCGAUAACAAUCCGUGCCAAUUCGGUGGCAGCUGUGUCCGAUAUCCUGGUAGCGGUUUCCUGUGCAUGUGUCCCUAUGGAAAGCAUGGAAUUUUCUGUGAAUAUAAUGUAGAGAUUGCCCGAGCAUCACUAGCUCCUAUAACGAUUGGAAAAUCAUCUUACAUUAUAUAUCCGUUGUCAUCACAGGCGAUGAAUUCGGAUCGUUUCGAUUUGCGUCUCAAAUUUCAAACUGAAGACAUGGAUCAAAUAGCGCUCCUGGCAUUUAUCGGGCAAAACGGUCGUCACGAUUCAAAAAGUCAACAUUUAGCGCUGACUUUUGUGAAACGAUACAUUAUGCUCACCUGGAAUAUGGGAGGGGGUUCCCGCCGCAUAUUCACCUCCAGAGCAUUAUCCCCUCGUCGUGGAGGCCAUACGGUGCGCGUGUGGAGGCGCGGCCGCACUGCUGGCCUCAGUGUGGACGGGAGAUACAAUGUGUCUGGCAAUGCGCCCGCGCAUGAUACGAAGAUGAAUGUGCUACCGUACAUAUUUAUUGGCGGUCACCCGUCGGAGCACUUCGGCGAGUUGCCGCACGACCUGCCGCUGCACAGCGGGUGGCGCGGCUGCGUGUGGGAGGUGGCGGGGCCGGCGGUGCGCGCGCCCGCGGGGGGGCGCGGCGCGGGCCAGUGCGGCGUCGCGCACUGCACGCCCACCUCGUGCCACGCGCCCAACGGCGUGUGCGUGCACUCGCCGGCUACAUACGGGUGCAUAUGCAAUGAGGGUUGGUUCGGCUCAACAUGCGCAAGUCGGCAGAGUCAGUGCGAUUUCUCUGGCCACAAGUGUCAUGGCCGCUGCGUCGUCACAGCUCACGAGCCCGAGUGCGACUGUCCGUACGGGACUAAUGGAACAUAUUGUGAAAAUGAAUUAUUCCCAGUCGAUAUUUUAUUUACGGGUAAGCGCUCGUACCUCAAACUGCACCCGCGGGCUAUAUCGAGCGUGACUCUAGCUCUCGAGGCAGAAAUAAAGCCGACUAAGGAGAGAGGUCUGAUUGCGUAUGUGGAGACGCCCCAUUUCUAUACAGCUCUGUCGCUACAAGGAGGGUUGUUGGAAUAUCGUUGGACUGAUCGCCUUUCAGGCCUAACAUCGCUAGUCCGCUCUAGUGUAGUUCUCUCCAUGUCCCAAUGGCACGCGGUGAGGGCGGGCCGGUACGGAGCCCGGCUCUACGUGUGGGUGGACGGGGCUCUCACCACUGAGCCUAUGGUGGCACACGCCUACCCGCACACGGCGAGCGAUGCUACUAUUGUUCUGGGUGGCGCUGAGGAUUUGGCGACACUCCCAUUCGACGUCAUGCUAGGACCACCCGAGGCUUAUACAGGUUGCCUUAGAAAUUUCCACGUCAAUAACAUUCUACUGCCAUUGGAACCGCAAAAUAUUGCUGCGGGCCAGAACAUAGAGUCGUGCGGCUCGUGCGCGGGGUGCCGCGGGCGGCGCGCCGCCUGCAGCCCCGCCGCCUGCGCGCCCGCCCGCUGCCGCGCGCGCCGCUGCGUGUGCCCCGCGGGCCGCGCCGGCGAGCUCUGCCAGACCGAUAUAACAGUUACAAUACCGCAAUUCGACGGCGACGCCAUGAUAUCGCUAAGUCGGCCGCCGUCCGGUCGAACGGAACAGCGCCUCACGCUGCCGGCCGCGCCUGGCUACAUAGCGUUUAAUUUCACCACCGCGGAGCCGGCUGGCUUGUUGUUGUGGAUGAAUAUGGGAAUAAACUAUGUAGGUUUAGGCCUCGAGAACGGCUAUCUCAAAUUAGCCCUGUCAUUACACUGUAACGAUGAAGAGGCUAACUUCUCCGAUUCGCCAAAAGCUCUCUCUCAGAUAAUACAAUCUGGAUUUAUGGCGGACGGAGAUUGGCAUAGCAUAGUCUUUCAAUUGGGGUCUAGGAUUUAUUUGAGCGUCGAUGGGGAAGUGUAUGUGGAUGAAACGUGUAGCAGUGAUCACGAAUUUGUAGAAGUUGACACGUUUAUCGGUGGAGUGACUGAAGAUAUUUACGAAGUUAGGAAGAUAUUCCCCGAAAACUUCCGAGGUUGUAUCGACCACAUAUCAACUAAGCAGGAAACUUACACGAACUUCACACACGUUUACAGCGAGAAUGUACUGAUGUGUCAACCCUUUCCGUCCACACGAUAGACUAUUUUAUAGAUUUUUACACUUUUAACCACCUAAGACCUAGGCCGCACUACGGUAAUCCGCCGCGAUUUUGCGUUUCAAGCAAAAUACAAAAUAAUUAAAACGCCUAACUAAACAGGUGCGGUUCCCUCAACAAAAUUCGUUUUUUAUAGAAACUACUUAAUAGCUUCGGCCUUUUAUGUUGAGAUAGUUGUAAGUCCAAUAUUCAUAGUACAAAAUUUUCUAGUCGUUUAAAUCGUGUUCUAUUAUAUUAUAAAGUC